ACAAUUUUCCUUCAUUUUUUCCUUCCAUUAAGCCGAAAAUGGGAAACGAAUCCUCGGUACCGAUUCACUAUGGAACAAAGCUACUAAAUGAUAUAAAUAUCGCGUGGAAAAAGCUAGAAAUGGACGCCAAAUUGCCAUCUCGAGAUGGACAUUGUGCCGCCGCCAUGGCGAACAAACUAUACGUGUUUGGCGGAGUUCGUUGGCUUUCUGAUAUCGGCGAAGCAGCAGAAUCCAACGAGAUUCUUGUUUUCGACGCUGAUUCUCACACGUUGAACAAGAUUGUAAUUGGAGGUCAAGUACCAUCAUCAAGAUCUUCUGCUUCUAUGGCUGGAGUUGGAAGUAAACUGUAUGUUUUUGGAGGACUAAGCAGAGACUAUGGAUGGCUUAAUGAUCUUUAUGCCUUUGACACUGAAACAAAGCAAUGGCAAAAUGUUGCAUAUGAAGGUACUCCUCCAUCUCCACGUGACAAGCUUACAUGUGUUGCUAUGGGAACCAAGAUUCUCUUCUUUGGUGGCUUUGGUCCUGUGGAAGAUACUGAGGCAGACACUUCUGAGCCAGAUCAAGCACAGUUUGGAUGGUUUAAUGAUCUCUUCAGUUUUGACACAGAGAACUGCACGUGGGAAAAACUGACUCCUUCAUUUACUGGAUGUCCAACACCUAGAGCAGCUCAUGGAAUGUGUGUUGUUGGAUCAAAACUUGUUAUCUUUGGAGGCAGAGACAGUGUUGGCAGGAAAAAUGACCUAUACAUUUUGGAUAUGGAAACUAUGGAGUGGAUUUCAACCCAAGCCACAGGACGACAACCAGAGCCUCGUUCAUUUCACACUUGCACUGCUGUGGGCAACAGAGUGGUAGUGUUUGGAGGGAGAAGCCUGGACAAUGCACAUUUUGAUGAUCUUCAUAUAUUCGACACAGACACAAAUGAGUGGCUCCAGCCAUUAUCAUCUGGGGACAAACCAUCUGCCAGGGGGGUACACACAGCAACACUGGUAGGAGACCAGUUCAUAUUGUAUGGAGGUUCUUCUGAUUUUUAUGAAGAAACUAUGCAGUGUCAGGAAUAUUAUGGUGAUGUCCAUCUAAUUGGAAAAGAACAACUCUUGUCAGGGAAGUCUCAAGGACCAGAUCCCACUGAUAUUCCACCUGUCUCUACAAAUGGUCUGCCCUUGGCCAGUGGAGCAGCUGAAAUUCAAGAAUGCAGUACUAUUGAGGAGGAAGACAGUAGUGAAUAUGAGGAGUCAUCAGAUGAACAGCAGUGAUAAAUGAAAAUCAUCUUUGUCUGCACAGAGUGAAAAAUCACUGUUGUCUCCCUCUCUGCCUCAGCAAGUUGUCAAUGUAGUUGUUUCCUUUCUUCAUUUCUGUGAUUGGAUCAUGUGAAGAGGAAUGAGACUAGUAGUCAGACCAGGAAUUGCAGGGGAGGGGGAGGGGCUAAAGGCUAGGGAACUUGAGAGGUGUUCUCACAGACUGUGCUUUUAUCUCCCUCCAUCUCCAUCCUGCAACUUUUUGACUUGCACCAAUUCUCUUUACUCCUCUUCAGAUGGUCUAAAUUAUUUUAUUAUUUCAGCAAUCGUUUAUCAGGUUAGGAAUGAGUAUUACUCUAGGUAACCUCUUGGCUUGUCUUUUUGGUUUUCAUGUAUUAACUUUCUGGCUGACACAAGGAAACGAGAAAACUGACUGACUAUAGUUUUUCUGUGUGCAAUGUGUUUAUACAAAUGGACAGAAUGAUAGGAUUUCUCAUAGAAUGGUAAUCAAUUCAACAAUACAUGUUGGCAUUUGAUUUAAGUAAUGUAGCACUUGUAUAUAUAGCUUUGUAUAGUGAACAUUUCAUCAGGGCUUGCUACCAAUUAUUGGAGACUUUUAGAGAAAUAUAUUUAACUUUCAGAAGGUCAAAUAAAUUGUAUUUUAUAGGUCUAUAAUAACAAUGACCUUGUAUACUUAGGUAAUUACUGUGCAAUAAAAUGUUUUUGAAUAGUU